AUGCAUAACAGAGAAUGUCAGUAUGUGGACGUUGCUUGUGUGAAUGGAUGUGAGCAAGUAGUAAUGCGAAGAAACAUGGAUAAUCAUGUAGCAAAUCAGUGUCUUCAACGACUGAUCUCUUGCAAGCAUUGUAACAUCAUUGUGAAACAAGUAGAAAUGAAAGAUCAUUACCAAGAGUGUGACCAGUAUCCUAUAGACUGUACAUACAAGUGUGGCAUGAUAGUACAAAGAUGUCGAAUGGAAGAUCAUAUUGGCAGGCAGGGAAUGUGUCCAAAGAGUCUUCUUGAUUGUGAUUUCAAAGACAAUGGCUGUCAAUUUCAAGGAUAUCGUCAUGAUUUAUGCAAACACGUUGAAAACAACAUUGGUUGCAUCUUAGUUUGA